AUCGCUUCCUCGAUCUCUCCCUCUCCCCCACCCUCGCUCAUUCCCUCGCUCACUCCCUCGCUCACUCCCAUUCCCUCGCUCAUUCCCUCGCUCCCUUUCUCCCUCCCUCCCUCCCUCGCUCCCUCCCUC